CGACUUUAAGGGACGGCGGCUGUGCGGCCCCGUUAAGUUUUUUACCACGCAGUAUUCUUUGACAGCACAUGGCCACGUCUAAGGAUAUUGUCAGGCUGUCACUGCAUGUCAUCGCAUUUGCAUUGACUGUGAAGGCAACGGAGGUUGGAACAGAGCGUCCGAUUCCCGAGUAUGACAUUGACCCCCUGCUGCCCGUGGACCCCGAAGGCUGCCUGAGGAACCGAGAAGAGGCCGCUGCUCGAGGUCGCCAGUGCUUGAGAAAAUGUGCCUCCGAUGCUGACUGCAUCAGUACCAGGAAAAGAUGUUUGUGCGAUGGCUUGUGUGGUUGGUCCUGCAUCAGACCAGACUUGCACUGUGCCGAUUUGGGAGUGAUGGAGAAUGGAAACUACAAAGUGACGGGGGAUCAUUUUGGAGCGAGAGUGAUGUAUUCCUGCGAUGACGGUUAUUGGAUGUCUGGACCGAAAGAACGCGUCUGCCAAGGGGACGGUUCCUGGAGCGAGCGAAGUCCUGAGUGCAGACAGAAAGCAAUGUGCGGUGUUCCUCCUCAAGUUCCUCACGCCCGUCACAAUGCGUCAGAAAAAGUGCAGGAGUUCGAUGUUGACGAUGUUGUGCAGUACACCUGCUUCCAAGGUUACGAUCCUCAGGGGUACCCACGAGCGAAGUGUCUCUUCUUUAACGGCACCACGCAGUGGUACGGCCUGGAUUUGCGAUGCAUACCUCGCAGUUGCGGAGAUCCGGGUGAAGUGAAAAACGCUCGCCGAGAAGGAGAAAUCUUCACCUUUACGAGCCGAGUGACUUACCACUGCGAUCCUGGAUACGAACUGGUGGGCAGAGCCAACAGAUACUGCGAAUCCAAAGGAGAAUGGAGUGGGGUCCUGCCUUCUUGUCGACCUGUGGAAUGUCCCAUACCCAGAGACGUCCCAAGUGGCCGGGCAGUGUACACCACGACCACUUACCAGUCGGUGGCCCGGUACGAGUGCCUGAACGGUUACCGACUCGUCGGGCCCGAGAUUCGAGUAUGCGAGGCCAACAAGCAGUGGGAAGGCGAGGAGCCCUAUUGCGAAGAAAUCAAGUGUGGCAGUCCUGGCAUCCUGCACAAUGGCUACGUGAAAGGCACGAGCACUCGCUUUGGCACAGUCAUCUACUUCAGCUGUCUCGAGAACAUGACUUUCGUCGGACAGUCGGCCAGCACAACGUGUCAGAAGGAUGGCACCUGGAGUCAUCCAGUUCCGAAGUGCAUGGCUCCCUGUUCUGUUCCUUCAAUUGAACACGGAAGAGUCACAAAUUACGCUCCAGAUGCAAAAGUUCCUCACGACAAACAUAUCACAGUCGAUUGCAUUGUUCAAUAUGAACUGCGGUACAACACUACGCCAGCCACAUGCAACAAUGGUUCUUGGACUCACAUACCAACAUGCAUACCAGCUCGUUGUAAAACUCUCCCUCGACGGCCUCGGCAUGGGAUGGUGAUUGCCCCGAAGACUGACCAUGGCAUGAAGGCAUUGUUUCGUUGCAAGGAUGGAUACAAACUGAGUGGUCCCAACGUCACCGAGUGCAGCUUCGGACGGUGGACUGGCGAAACACCCAUCUGCAACGAAAGUUUCUGCAAAUCCGUCGAGACCACGCCCUGGAUGAAUGUGACGAUCGUCAAGAAAGGCUGGAUGUCCAGUUCAUCUGCUUCUCGAGGCACCGUGAUCCAAGUGACCUGCGGCUGGGGCUACUCCCUGAAUAUCGGGAACAAAACUGCCAGAUGUGUGGCCGGAAGGUGGAAGCCCAGAAAGCCCGAAUGCAUCACGACCCCGUGUCGUAUCCCUUCCACUUCCCAUGGUAUGUACCACCAUUUCGAUAAAGAAGUGGAUGCCGACACUCUGAUAGAGCACAGCGAAGUUGUGACACUUUCUUGUGAUGAUGGAUUUCAGUUGCUAGGUCCAGAAGCUCUCCGUUGUUGGUAUGGAGAGUGGGCCGUCAAUAAAAUGCCCAAGUGCCUACCAGGACCCUGCGAAUUGCGAGAUAUUGCCAAUGGAUCUUAUCUUGAUGGUUAUCGAGCUGGAUUGACCAUAUCCCAUGGUUCAUCUGUGCGAUAUAGCUGUGACCCGGAUUUCGCCAAAGCCGUUCCAGAUCCCGUGCAAUGUCUGGAAGGAAAACUAAGGUCCGAUGUACCUAAAUGCAUGGCAGUAGCAUCGAAAACCAAAGAAAGCAAUACUAUGCCUCUGGAAACGAUGAUGUCUCGCACAGGAUACUCACCAUCUGAAACUGCUGCCGCUGCACCAGCCAUGAGCCUGUGCACCUUGCCCGAAAGACUCCACAACACCCUCUUGUACAGGGGCAGCACUUUCAUCGAGCCCAAGAAUUCGGUCAUGGCAACAGCAGCUAUCAGACGAGAAAAACUUCCCUCUGGUGGAUCUAAUAGAUAUUUUCCCAAUGGAACAGAAGUGCUUUUCAAAUGUCUGUCAGCUUACAGUGGCAAGAAGACGACGUGGAAGAUUGUUUGCCAGGAUGGAGUUUGGGUUGGACGACCUCAUAAUUGUGAUACUAGAGUCCACCCUGGCCCAGUAGACCACAACCGCAACAAAUCUUGCCUCUUCCAGCGCCCCAAUCCCGAUGUUGUGGCUUUUGUGAACGAUAAGAAAGUCAAAGUGGACUCGGCGAAAUUUCCUGCUGGUACAGAAGUGGUGUACAGAUGCGUCGACAUCGGCAAAUACAGUUUCGAAGGGAGUUCUAGGAGGAGAUGCGUGGGAGGACAGUGGACAGGAACAGAACCGCUGUGUCUUGGACUGUCACAGGAAUACGAUUAUGCUCAAAAAGCACCCACAAUCCUGUUUCGACAUACGGUGGGUCAGAUUGCCCAGAGCAACGAUGGAAAACUUGUUGUGUACCCGGGGACGAUCCUGCAUUUGGAAUGCUUGUGGAUUCGGAAGUAUGGAACACCUCAUUGGGAAGUGAGCCACAAGAUCAAGAAGUAUCCAGAAGGGUGGACGAGCGAGCCUGGAAGAGACUCCCAACUCGAAUACCGACUGACCAUUUACCAUGCCAAGACGGAAGAUUCUGGGAUGUUCACGUGUGUCACUCCCAUGGGACACCAGCAUGCGGUCGAAAUCGUCGUCUCCGCUGUGCAUUGUCAACCGUUUCCUGAAACUGGCGGACUGUUGUUAAGUACGACUGUGACGAAAAUGAAUGUUAAAGUUGUGUUUUCUUGCGAAGCCGGAAGAAAAUUGAUAGGCAACGAACAAGCAAUGUGUUUACCAUCUGGUCAGUGGUCAGCAAAGCCUCCUAUAUGUCAAAAAAUCCCUCUCUGUCCUUAUCCCGGGACCAGCAAAAGUGUGACCAACUCGAACGUGAAGUUCUAUUACGAAAUCUCCGAAACAAUCACUUUCGGUUGCAAAAGCGGCUACAAAAUCCAAGGACGGACUGUUCUCCAGUGCCUAGAUGGCGGCCGGUGGUCAGGCACCGUCCCGACGUGCCAUCCCAUCAAAAAAGGCUAAUAAAACUAGCUAUAAAAACAUCCCCCCCUCUCCACACAUCGAGCAAAAAAGAACGCGUCGUGAAUAUAUAAAAAGGGACAGACCAAACAAACCAACAAAACAAGCCCGUGGUCCGAUGGUGGCAGAGUCCGAUUGCAGGAAUAUAUCCACAAACACUCGCACAAUUCUGACUGUCAAGACUAGCUGUGCGAACAAGAGUUUAUGCUGUUGUCUUAUCAUAACUGUGAGACCAAAGUUUUAUAAGAAUUGCAUUUGUUUUCGGUGUCUGAAAAUUUUAAGCAUAUUUUGAAAGCAUAUUUUAUUCUUCUCGGUAUCGCUUCGCAUAAUAUAAGAAAAAAGGGGAAAAGAUAGAGUCACGAAAUAUAUACAAAAUCUGGUAUUUUGAGUCAAAAGAGAAAGAAUUCUGCUGGUGCAUAUUGUGAGAGGUUUUCUUUUGAAUAAUUUGCUCUGUAUGAUUCCUUUAAAAUUUAAAUUUUCAAAUUCUUAGAUUCGAAAAUUAUAAACUUGUAUCUAUCUAUCA